GUUUAUAUCUAAUCGACUCCAACAUUAUUAUGAAUUUCUUUAAUUUUCUUCAACUUUAUUUCCUUCCUCCACCUUUUAUUUCUCUUACAAAAACCCUAAUUUCAUUACAGCUCAGAAAAAAUAAAAGUCUGCAAGAAACCCCCAAAAAAAAAAAAUACAAACUUUUUUAAAAUUUCCAUUCCAUUUUCUGAAGCUACGUACUUCUCUGCAACGCCAGAGAUUAACCCUGUGAUUAGUUAAGAAAUCACGGUAAAAAUAGACUCUUGCACCGGAGCUCUGCUGCACUCAACUGAUCUUAGAAUAUUCAGCUAUGAUCCUUGAAAUACAAAAUUAGCAGAAUUCCAGAAUUGUGUUUUCUGUGACUUUUCUCAUUGAUUCAUGCUCACUCUCUACAUUCUGUAAAUUCUAUUUUGCUUAGAUUUUACAGUUAGCUCUGAGUGUUGGAGCUGAAAAAGAUCCCAACUUUUUCCACUCAGUGAGCCUAAGAUUAAGUCUUUUUGAGGGUUUAAGGAUUUUACAGUUGAACUGUCUGUUUUAGUACAUGAAUGGAGGAAAAAGAAGGGUUGAAUGGUGUUGGUGUCACUGUGAAAGGUGAUGAAGCUCCCGAGAGCUACAGGGUGGAGUCGAGAAUCGAAAGCUCGAACCCAGCUGGCGGAUCAACCGCCCCUCCCACGGCGGCGGAAGGGAAGAAGAAGAGGGGAAGGCCAAGAAAGUAUGCAGGGGAUGGCUCGAUCUCGGCAUUGUCUCCUAUGCCGAUAUCGGCCUCCAUUCCGUUUACCGGUGACUAUUCCGCUUGGAAGAGUAGUUCCGAACGACCUCUCAACUCUUCAAAGAAAAAACAUAAAUUGGAAUUUUCGAGUCCAGGGGGCGAGACAGCAUACUCAGUAGGGGGAAGUUUUACACCUCAUGUGAUUACUGUUAAUGCUGGCGAGGAUAUUAAUAUGAAGAUCAUAUCUUUUUCCCAACAAGGAUCUAGAGCAAUUUGCAUUCUGGCUGCAAAUGGUGCCAUCUCAAAUGUUACAUUGCGUCAAUCUAAUUCUUCGGGUGGUACUUUAACAUACGAGGGGCGUUUUGAGAUACUUUCUCUGACAGGAUCUUUCAUUGCAAGCGAUAACGGAUUGACAAAAAGCAGAUCGGGAGGGAUGAGCGUUUCUCUAGUGGGCCCCGAUGGUCGUAUAUUUGGAGGAGGACUGGCUGGGAUGCUUGUAGCAGCUGGCCCUGUUCAGGUUGUUAUCGGCAGCUUUGUUCCUGGAAAUCAGGUGGAGCAAAAGCCUAAGAAGCCAAAAUAUGAGCACACAAUUUCCUUUGGCGCCAUCCCUGCUAACCCAAUUUCUGAAGAAAGAUAUGAAGCAGGCUACAGCAGAGCAAGACCAAACCUCACCUCCUCGGCUUCAUUUCAUGGCGACAACUUGCCCUCGGUAAACUCUGAACAUAAUGCUGACGAUUCUAGAGUGCAAAGCCAUGAAAUAGCCUGCUGAUCACCUCACAUGUGUAUCGUAGCCGUUUUUCAUUAGAAUUACGGAGUUUAGGGUCGUGCCUUCACGCGGAGUGUCAUCUCAGAGCAAAGCAUGAUUUGCCUGUCUGAAUCUGCUUUCUCUUUUUCCUAGUUUAGUUGCUGAGUUAGGAACUUCUGCUGGUUUGCAACAUGUAGUAAUCAAAUUGGAGACACCAUUUUUAGUUCACAAUUCCAAGAAAUUACAUUAUAUUUAGGAUCUUA